ACAUAGGAUGCUCGAGAGUCAAUUCUAGGAACCCCGAGGAUGAACUGACCCUUUUAUUCACUAUUCCACAUCAAGCUGCAAACCCAUCAGAUGGAACCAUGUGAUCAUUGUGGCCACCAGCUGACCCCACAGCCACCUUCUGCCUCCCUUGGACCCACCCAGGAAUUUCUGAGCCUUCUUUAUGUUUCCCAGAUAUGCUGAGAUUGUGCACUUAACACUACCUGAUGGCACGAAGAGGAGUGGGCAAGUUCUAGAAGUUAGUAGUUCCAAAGCAGUGGUUCUGGUAUUUGAAGGGACUUCAGGUAUAGAUGCCAAGAAGACAUCCUGUGAGUUUACUGGGGAUAUUCUCCAAACGCCAGUGUCUGAGGAUAUGCUUGGUUGGGUAUUCAAUGGAUCAGGAAAACCCAUCGACAGAGGUCCUGUUGUACUGGCUGAAGACUUCCUUGAUAUCGUGGGCCAGCCAAUCCAUCCUCAGUGUCGGAUCUAUCCAGAGGAGAUGAUUCAGACCGGCAUUUUGGCCAUAGAUGGCAUGAACAGUAUUGCUAGGGGGCAGAAAAUUCCUAUCUUCUCUGCUGCUGGCUUACCGCACAAUGAGAUUGAAGCUCAAAUCUGUCGCCAGGCUGGUUUGGUAAAAAAAUCCUAAGAUGUAGUGGACUACAGUGAGGAAAAUUUUGUGAUUGUAUUUGCUGCUAUGGGUGUAAACAUGGAAACUGCCCGGUUCUUCAAAUCUGACUUUGAAGAAAAUGGCUCAAUGGACAACGUCUGCCUCUUUUUGAACUUGGCUAACGACCCAACUAUUGAGCAAAUUAUCACUCCUCGCUUGGCUCUAACCAUGGCCGAGUUCCUGGCCUAUCAGUGUGAGAAACAUGUAUUGGUUAUCCUAACAGACAUGAGUUCUUAUGCUGAAGCACUUCGAGAGGUUUCAGCAGCCAGGGAAGAGGUUCCUGGUCGACGAGGUUUUCCAGGUUACAUGUAUACAGAUUUAGCCACAAUACAUGAACGCGCUGGUAGAGUGGAAGGUAGAAAUGGCUCUAUUACUCAAAUUCCUAUUCUCACCAUGCCUAACGAUGAUAUCACUCACCCCAUCCCUGACUUGACUGGAUAUAUUACAGAGGGGCAGAUCUAUGUGGACAGACAGCUACACAACAGACAGAUUUACCCGCCUAUUAAUGUGCUGCCCUCGUUGUCUCGGUUAAUGAAGUCUGCUAUUGGAGAAGGUAUGACCAGAAAGGAUCAUGCCGAUGUAUCUAACCAGCUGUAUGCAUGCUAUGCUAUUGGUAAGGAUGUGCAGGCCAUGACAGCCGUAGUUGGAGAAGAAGCCCUUACCUCAGAUGAUCUGCUUUACUUGGAAUUUCUGCAGAAGUUUGAGAGGAACUUCAUUGCUCAGGGUCCUUACGAAAACCGCACUGUCUAUGAGACUUUGGACAUUGGCUGGCAACUGCUCCGAAUCUUCCCCAAAGAAAUGCUGAAGAGAAUCCCUCAGAGCACCUUGAGCGAAUUCUACCCUCGAGACUCUGCAAAGCAUUAGCUGCUACUUCAUCGCUGGCUUGAUGCUCUUGUGAAAUACUGGUUCUGUUUUCUUUAUUCCUUUUGCACUCCCCCAUCCCCACCUUUGUGUUGGAGUUUACUGUGUUACCCUGUAAUUAAAAACAAAGAAUAGGUAAAAAAA